AUGGUUGGUGCCCCGUGGAUAAUAUAUGAUCACUACCUCGUGGUGAAGCCAUGGACGCCGGACUUUGUCGCGGCGAAUUCAGAGAUUAGUACCGCCGCUGUUUGGAUACGCAUCCCCGACCUUGGUUUUCAGUUUUAUGACGAGAGCAUCCUGUUAACAUUGGCAUCUGCGGUAGGCACUCCUAUCCGAGUUGACAUGAAUACCAUGGAUAUGCAGAGAGGGAAGUAUGCUAGGAUUUGUGUUGAAAUAGAUCUGAGUAAGCCAGUUCUUGGAAGAGUAGGACUACGUGGGGUUUGGUACAACAUUGAGUAUGAGGGAUUGCAUCUUCUAUGUUCACACUGUGGUUGCUAUGGCCACCUUGCUCGUAAUUGCACCGGGACGCCCAUGCCAAAGCAGAACCCGUCGCCGGCAGCGACAACCAAGAUGCCACAAGAGGCGGCGGGGCCGGUAGCAUGCACCCCACAGGACGCAACCCAGACGGAAACCCUAGUAACGGAACAAACAAUGAUGGAGGCUGUAAUUCCAGGCGUGAAAAUCGCGCCCAUUACCUGUCCUGAUUCUGCGCAUGGACAGUGGCUUUCAGUUACGCGUAAAGGCUGGAAGAGUGCGAAUUCAAGCCAAAAGAAACAUGCAGUAGGCAAUCAGCUACAUACGCGUAUCUCUAGCGGGAAUAAUGGGGGGAAAAAAGGGAAGGAUUUGAUGACUUUUAAUGUUGUUACCCAAAUAAACACUGGUGGGGCUCCUCAAAACAAAUCAGAUAAUUUGAAAACACCUGCUAUAGGUGAUGUCACUAAAGGCCGCAAAAGAAUCAGGAAGGAUAUUACCUUCUAG